AUGGCCGCUUUGCAAGCUUCCUCACUCUUGAUCCCUUCUUCCUCUUCGGGUUCUCCUUCGAAGAGAAGGGUCUCCGCUUCGAUCCAUGUCCCGAAGCUCCCUAAACUCCGCCUCUCUGAUGCGAGCUCGGCGAUGACGCGGAAGCUGGUGGAGGAGUUCAGCAACAGGAACGGUUACACCAUCACGGAGCCCUUGCAAAUGGAGGUCGUGGAGAAAGUUAGUCCUUCUGAGCAGCGCCGUUCGCCUAGCCGAUCGCCUACUUCUUCUGUCGAAACAACCACGAAGCUCUAUGCGAUCCUGGAGGCUGUUGAAGAUAGAGUGGAGAUGCACGAUAACAUCGGCAAGCAGCGGGACAACUGGAACAAGCUCCUAUUGAACUCGGUCAACAUGAUGACCCUCACUGCCACCACCACGGCGGCCAUGGCUGUGGCUGUGCCGGCUCCAUCACUGAAAGCAUGCUCUGCUCUCUUAUUUACUGCCGCCACCGGGAUGUCGCUCGUGAUGAGCAAAAUCCAGCCCUCGCAGCUGGCUGAAGAGCAACGCAAUGCCUCGAGGUUGUUCAAGCAGCUUCAGAGCGAGAUAAAGUCGAUGCUCGUGCAGCAAUCUCCGACUGAGUCAGACGUUAAGGAGACGAUGGAGAAGGUGCUGGCGCUUGAUAGAGCUUUUCCGCUGGCUCUGCUUGGAAAGAUGAUCGAGAAGUUCCUGCGAAAUUUGAGCCCGCUGUGUGGUGGCCAAUGGUUUCCGGCCACCACCGCCAAUCCCAAGGGCACAAAACCUUCACGAACACUGAGCGAAACGGAUGGAGCGAGGAGCUGGCAGUGGAGAUGA